AAUUUCAGUUUAAAGGGUAAAACAUUGUACUUUCAGAAAAGUCCAGGGGGGACAUGUUAUUUAGCCUAGUUAUUAUUAUUCCCUGUGUUCGGUUAGUUUUGUCAUUAGAAACCCUAAUACAGUAUCUGACCCCUCCAUAGGAAAAGUUUUACAUUUUUGCAGGAUCAUCGUAAACAAUGGCAGAGCGAGAGACUGUCCACAACGGCGUUGCAUCAACUGAGACAGAGAAUCAGACGGCGGAGAGUUUCUACGAUCUGGAUCAAGAAAACCAAAUAGCUGAACUGACGAGAAAGACGGAAGUGCUUGAAGAAGAGAACCGAGAAAUGAAGGAGAAUAUUAAGAACCUAACGAUUGAAAUUGAAGGAUCUGAAGAGGAUAAGAAAGUUUUCGAAUCAAUUGCUGCUCGAGCUUUUGAAUUGGAAACUGAGGUUUCGAGACUCCAACAUGACCUGAUAACGGCGAUGAGCGCAGGGGAUGAAGCGAUUGCUGAGGUGGCUGAGUUAAAGACGAAUUUAAGAGAGAAAGUAGUGAAAUUGGAGGGAUUAGAGAAAGAAAUUGAUGGGUUAAAGAGUGAGAAAGCUGAUAGUGAGAAGAAAGUGAGGGAGUUGGAAAGAAAAAUUGGGACUUUGGAAGUGAGGGAAUUGGAAGAGAAGAGCAAAAGGGUAAGAGUUGAAGAGGAAUUGAGGGAGAAAAUAGAUGAAAAAGAGAGUGAAAUUAGUGGGUUUAAGAAGAAAGUUAAGGAUUUGGAGUCUGAAUUGGAUAAGUGGAAGGUUGAGAAGAAGUCAGUGGAGGGAAGUUUGAAGGAAUCAGUAAGCAAAUCUAAGGAAAUGGAGGUCAAGAUUUCUGAAUUGGAGAAAGAGAUAGAGAAGGCGAAGGCGGUGAUUAGUGGACUCAAGGAGAAGACAUUGGAUGGUUUUAAUGGGAAUGUGAGGGAUUUUAAACCCUCUGUUGAUGAUGGACGGAAGAGUUUAAACUUGCAAUGGCCGAUUGUGGCUGCGACUGCUUCUGUUCUUGCCGUUGCUGUGGUUGGUGUUUGCUAUGCGAGGCGGAGGUGAUUGGAUACUUGGGUCACGAGUAUGCUAUAAACCUUUCAAUUUUGAUAAAUAAAAUUUAUGCUUUUUUGGCUUGGCAAUA